AUGGAUCAACACCAUUUUAAUAAUGGAGGUGGUGGUAGUAGUGCAGAUACCGAUACAACAGAAGCAUUGAAGAAAGCAAGUAUCUACAUCUUGGAGAUCGAACAAAUGGUGAAAGAUGAACUAGCGAUGCUCGAGAAAUUCUAUGUUGCAGAUCAUCAAGAUGUUCCAUUUGAGAAAGCAAUCAAUAAAGCAAAGAGAAAGUUUGAAAAGAGAAGAGGACCUACUUUAAUUAAACCACUUAAUAAAAAGAAGAAUAGAGUGGUUGUAGGCGAGAUGGAGUUCGAUCCGGUUGCACAGCUGUGGAAGGGAAACGACUCUGAUCUAAACAACUUUCCUAGAGCUGGUGCACCUGCACUCAUCACCAACAUGGGUCGUAACGAAGAGAAAGUAAUCGGUAACAUGAAAUGGGAUCCCAAACAAAAAGAGUGGCGUGGUAAUGAGAGUGAUCUAUCGAAAUUCAGAACACUAAAACCCGGUUUAAUCACUCAAUUGAAUGCUAAUUUCGGUAUAAGAGUUGAGAAUGGUAUGGUUUUAGAUCCAGUCUCAAUGAAAUGGCGUGGUAAUGAAGAUGACCUAGAUGUAUUCGAUGCAAUGGAUGAUCAAAACAAUGAUAACACAUUCAAGGAAGAAGGAGAAUUUACACUUUCAAAGAAACUACUGGAAUCACUUAGAGAAUCACAGAAAUUACAUAGCAAUUUAAAGGGAUGGUUCCCAGAGGAACGCGAUCUUGAUGAUAGAGACCAUUUCCACUCGAUUCGACAAAUGUCAAUCAUGAAACUCGUAAAGAAUACAUCGAGACAGUACUAUCAACAACAGGCAGCAGGUGGAUCAGGUGCUAUUUCUAUUGCUUCGGCAGUGUUGCCAUCGGUAUUGCAAAGAAAAGCGGUUGUCGACGAAACCAACGAUUGGGACGACGUUGACUUUGUCGAAGAACAACCAUCACUCAAACUCAACCUGAAAGUACAUCAAGAUGCCAAUGACGAAGAUGACGAUGCAUCGCAGUGGGACAAGGAAAUGGGAUUCACAUCUGAAGAUGAUUUCACUGCAUCCGAUCAUGGUUCAAGAGUACAAACACCAAGAUCAAAUAAUAAUAAUAAUAGUAAUAAUAGUGGAGGUAGUAGUAGUAGUAAUAAUUUAAGUGGAAUAUUUAAUAAUAGUAUAAGUAAUAAUAAUAAUAGUGGUAGUGGUGGAAAACAAGUCGAAGAAUGGAAUGAUUUCGGUUCUUUUAAUGCCGAUAAACUUAGUAAAUAUAAAGAGAGUAAAGAUGAUUUGUCGGAUGAGGAUUUGGAUUUUGGAAGUUUGAACAAGAGUAUAAAGAAAGGGGGAAGUACAAUGAAAACAAUAUUAGCAAGUGGUGGAUCGAUUACAAAGACACUCAGUAAUUUGAAUGCCAAUACUCAAUCGAUGAGACGUGGUGGUACUUUAAAUAAUAUUCCACCAUUGCCAACUACUUCUACCACUAGUGCAGGUGUUGCUGUCGGUAGUAAUAACAGUACACCGCUCAGUGCAAGCAGUAGUACUACUCCCAACAGUAUAGAGGAGUACGAUGAUAUGGAGGUGAAAGGACCGCUUUCUCUGAAGCAAAAGAUGCACUCUGACAACUUUAGUAUAUUGGAACAAGAGUCGGCUUUGUCGACCUCCAAGCGAUCCACGCCAACUAGCUUUGCCAAUCAUUUGGAGGAGCGUGAUAUCAUUGAGGAGGAAUGGCCAGACGUUCACAUCCCGAUGGAUCUCGGUGCGAAACGACCGAAUGAUCACUCGAGAAAGUCGCCACCCGUUGGCAAGCUUGGCGCCGUCGAAGACUAUGGCGAUGAGCUAUCGAUCAACACGAACGCACCACUCGUUCUAAAGAAACAUUUGUUGGAGGACAAUCCGUUUGGCGAUGAGAGUGACGACGAUUGGAACGAUGUUUCCUUCCCCGACAACUUUAAAGCGUCACCACUACAAGCACCAAUCGCACAUAGCACACCAUCGACACCACUCACACCCCUGGCAAACUACAAUCUCGACAACUCAUUUACACCACUUUCACCGGCAUCUCUUCAACAAGUAUUUCAACCACCGACAUCCAACUCACCGAUUACACCAUUUAAAUUUGUAAAGAGAUCCAACACCAAUAUAUAG